GAGAAGAAAUCUAGGGAAACGAGAAGAUAAUCGAUCAGGGCAUUAAACAAUCCAGGCUCACCUUCUCUCGAUGCAAAUCUAAAGGAGCGAAAAUAGAGAGAGAGCGCGAAUCUAGGAAAGCGAUACCAAUGGCUUCCAUGAAGGUAACAAUGGCGUCUAAGAAAGGUGAUAGCGAAGACAGCGAUUUUGUGACGAGGGAAUCCGAUGAUAUGCUUCUGACAAUGCCUAACGGACUCGUCUAUAAACGCCUAUGUAAGCCGAACCUACUGGAUACAAAACCUGAAGCUAAAAUAAAUUCAUACUGCAAUGUUGGUAAUGGGGUUAAGAAGUUGAAAGAAGUGCUUUCAAAAGACGAACUAAGUGAAUUUCGAAAGACUGCCUUUGGAUAUUGGUAUCCAUGGGGAGAAGAUGUGUGGAAAGAUCUGGUAGAGAAUGUUCGGAAAUGCUGUUGUAUUAUGAAUACAAGCAAGAAACCAAGGUUCAAUUUCCCUGGAUUCCAUUUCGCUUUACAGAUAUGGGUGUAUGAAACAUUUCCAGCACUGAUGCAAGAGAAGGAAUGUAUACUGGAUGAAGGAAAGAAGACAUCAUGGCCAAGGGCAUUGAGAUGGUCAGCGGACGGGAGGACCACCAAAGAGUUGUUGGAGAAGAAAAUAUUCAAAAAUGAAAAGUUUGAGUGGACAGAGAUGGUCAAAUCUGAUGAAGAAAAGCUCAUUCUCAAAAAAGCUAGGAACUGCCUAUCUCUUCGGAUACUAAACAUGACCAUGCCAGAAACAGCUGUUACUGCUCAUAAAAAGGAAGGUCAAAAUUUGGAACAAGAUAAGACUGGAGACUGUGUAAAGGAGAAGGGAGAAGACAUGGACAUUGAUUGGAUGAAUGGGCUGUUGACUGAGGCAAACACUGAUCACAAUUGCCAGGUGAUGGAAGAUGGUUUGGAGGAAGGCCAGAAAAUGGAGAGUGUCAUUGACAAUGUGGAAACAGCAUCACAAGCUGCUCGGGCAGCAGAGGAUUUGGAUCCAGCCAUUUGGGACAUUAGUCCUUACUCUGAACAACCAAAGGUCGCAGAGGGUAUCAUCAGUUAUUUGUUUCCCACUGAACAACCACAUCUCCUAAAUGAUGUUCCCACUGAACAACCACAAGUCCUCACUGAUAUUCCCACUAAACCACCACAAAAAAUCAAUGAUAUUCCCAAUGAACCACCACAAAUGCCCAAUGAUGAUCCGAGUGAUGGUAUAGAUGUUGAACCACAGCUCAAUGUUGGUCAACUUGAGGACAUUCAGGAUGAACAAGUAGAAGGCCCUGAUGCUGAAGAACAACACACUAAGGAUAUUGCCAUUGACCAACCAGAAGACACUACAAGGCAGAAGAGGGUUGUGAAAUGCCCAGAUAAGUUUACUCAUUCUGACAAAAAAUUAAAGACAAGAAAGGCAAAGAGCAGACAAGGACCACAGACAUCUAAACAGAAAGCCACAGAUGGUGGUGAUGACAAUUCGCAACUCAACAAUGUGGAGGCCGAAGCUGGCAUGGCAGAAAGUCAUCCCGAAGGGCUGAAAUUAGCAUUAACUGCUGAGAAUGUGGAGUUGUUUUUAGCACAAGUAACAGACAGCCUAUUUGUCAGUCUAUUGAAGAAAGAAUAUGACAACUACUUGGGAAAAAGGAAAACCAUUGCUGAAGCAGCAUUGAACACUUCAAUACUAAAACCAAUCGUAGGGGCUGUGCCAGAAUUGGGAGGACGCUGGGUAGAAUGCGAUUAUAUUUACAUGCCAAUCAACACUGGAAACCAUUGGAUACUGGCUGUGCUUGACAUAUCAAAGAAAUGCAUCGGGCUGUAUGAUUCUAACAGCAAGGGGAAGACCAGUCGCCACACAAAACCAUACCUUCCAUGUCUACAGAUCUUACUGCCAAAGGUGAUGGACAAACUGGAAGUGUACAAGGAGCGGAAAAUGCCUGAGAUGGGAGAUGAUGUGCUAGGCAUUGUGAACGUAAAUGAUUGCCCACAACAACAGGACGCGGUGAGCUGUGGCAUAUUCGUUGUAAAGAUGGCUGAGCAUCUAAUCAUGGGGAUGGAAGUGGAUGAAAUGGAUGUUGCAGGCAUUGAGAGUUUCAGGAAAAAAUUUGCAACAAAAGUGCUAUUAUAUGCAAACAGGAGGGCUGACCAGGAGGGCCGAGCAUUGGCAUGGGAAAUGUAACCAAGUUUAAAAAACUUUUAGGUUUAAGUAUGCUGUUGUAGUAGUUGCACUAUGGGUUUUAAGUGCAGUAUCAGUACUUUUCCUAUUAUUAGUAAUAUGGGUUGUAAGUGCACUAUCAAUACUUUUUAGACAGAAUCUUGUAAUAUGGUUGGUGAUUGAAGUAAUCACAUUACUUUUUUGCAUAAAAUUGGGGCACAGUA